GUCCAGAUGUGAGGACUGGAGGUGUGUCGCUUCCAGCUGCCUCUCAGCUGUUCCUCGUCCUGUCUGCCACCCCUGCGUGAGAGAGUGUGACGGACGGAGACCGAGAGAGAGAAGUUUUAUUCGCUCCCGUCGUUGCGUGGUCGCCGGUUCUUCGUGUCACAUGAUGGCGGGCUUUUCUCCGUGUGCAAGCGGGGAGACAGGUCGCUGUCGGAGCCUGUGAGCGGCCACACUACUACUCCAGCUCCCGAGCGCGUCAGCAUGGCUGAAUUCGGCGAGAAAAGAGCCGCUGGUCCACCGGUUGCUUCGUGCGGUAGAAGGGGAAUGAGCCAGGAGGUGAACCGAGCGGAGCCGGUGUCAAACGGCAGCUGCACCGCCGCGGACACCGGGAGAAGGAGGACCGUACAAGCCGGCUGCGACUCGCCGACCUGGGACUCGCCGACCAAACAGAUCCCUCGACGGAGCAGUCUGAUCAAGGAUGGGUCACGUGCAGGUCGAGAGAGGAAGAAGACGGUGUCCUUCAGCAGCAGCCUGUCUGAGAAGAAGAUCAGCAGUGCUGCAGACUGCAUCCACUCCAUGGUAGAGGGCAGUGAGCUGAAGAAAGUACGCUCCAACUCCCGUGUGUACCAGCGCUACUACCUCCUGGAUGCAGGCCUGCAGGCUUUAUGCUGGGAGCCCUCUAAGAAGGAGUCCGACAAGGCCCGGAUCGCUCUGGCCUCCAUACGAGAAGUUCGCACCGGUCGUAACACAGAAACCUUCCGCACCAGUGGAGUUUAUGAGCAGAUUUCGGAAGACUGUGCAUUCUCUAUCAUCUACGGAGACUUAUAUGAGAGCUUGGACCUGGUGGCCAACUCUGCUGAGGUGGCAAAUAUUUGGAUCACAGGUCUAAGGUACCUGAUGAAGUACGGGAAACAUGCCUUUGACAUGCUGGCUAACAGUCACAACAGUCUCCGUCUUGGCUGGUUGAACCAGUUAUUUUCCACCGCUGCACAUUCGGACGUUGAUGAAUGGAUUUCCCUGCAUUCAGCCGUGAGGCUGGUUCAAGAUGUGAACCCUGGUGUCAGCAGUGUGAAAGUGGAACACAGAUUUAAGGAACUUCAAAGAGUUCGGGAGAAGAUGCACAGUCUCAGUGUAGAUAAUGGACCUGAUGGAAAAGACAUUGCUGCUCACGAAGUCAUGUCAGCCGGACAAGUCACCAAACAGGAGUUCAUAGAGGUCUUCCAUGAUUUCUGCACACGCCCAGAGAUCUACUUUUUGCUUGUGCAGUUCUCCAGCAACAAGGAGUUCUUGGACACCAAAGACCUGAUGAAGUUUCUGGAGGCUGAACAAGGCGUUGCACAGGUCAGCGAGGAAGCAAGCCUGGAGCUAAUCCAGUCCCACGAGCCUUCAGAUGAAGGCCGGCAGCAAGGAUACUUGUCCUUAGAUGGAUUCAACAGCUACCUUACUUCAGCAGAAUGCCACAUCUUCGAUAGGGAGCACGACAGCGUGUGCCAGGACAUGUCGCAGCCCUUGUCUCAUUAUUACAUCAACUCCUCCCACAACACCUACCUCAUUGAGGACCAACUACGAGGUCCUGCUGACAUUUCAGGCUACAUCCGUGCCCUAAAGAUGGGCUGUCGAUGUGUGGAGGUGGAUGUCUGGGAUGGCGCUGAUGGGGAGCCGGUGGUCUGUACGGGACACACCCUUUCUCCUCCACUUGCCUUGCGUUCAGUGCUGGAAGCAAUUACGAAAUUUGCUUUUGUGUCCUCCGAGUAUCCUUUAAUCGUGUCUUUGGAGAAUCACUGCUCUCCUUCUCAACAGAAAGUAAUGAUGCAGCAUCUUGUGAGAAUAUUAGGGCCGAGAUUAUUCCGGGAUCCCCCAGAUGGGAGAGAGACGUACCUUCCAUCACCAAAUGCCUUACGGCAUCAAAUCCUGUUGAAGGGAAAGAAGUUAGAGCUGAAUUGGGACAGUGAUGAUGGAGAGGUAAGCGAGGAAGACGAAGGUGCUGAGAUGUGUCAAAGAAUGAGGGCGAGUAACAGUGGAGGGGCAGCAGCAGCUACCGGGGAUGACAAGGACAUUUCACAGAGGAGUGCCGCUUUAACAACGGUCACUUUUUGCAACCCCCCUCAUCACUCUCCGCAAAGAUUCCUUCUCCUAAAGGAGCUUUCGGACUUGGUGACUCUUUGCCAGUCAGUCCGUUUCAUUGACUUUCAAACAUCUUCUAAAAGCCAAAGACCCUGGGAAUUAUGCUCCUUUCAUGAAACGCUGGCUUUACGUCUUGCUUCAGAGAGCCCCGGCAACUUUGUCAAUCACAACAAACAUUUUCUGUCGCGGGUGUACCCCAACCCCAUGCGCGUGGACUCCAGCAACAUGAACCCUCAGGAUCUGUGGAAGUGCGGCUGUCAGAUAGUGAGUAUGAAUUUCCAGACAGCAGGCCUCAUGAUGGACUUGAACACCGCCUGGUUCAGACAAAAUGGAUGUUGCGGAUACGUGCUGAGGCCGGCCAUCAUGCGGCAGGAGGUCUCGUAUUUCAGUGCUGACACCAAGGAGGCGGUGCCUGGUGUGUCUCCGCAGCUGCUGCACGUAAAGGUGAUUAGUGGCCAAAAUCUUCCAAAACCAAGGGGCUCAGCUGCUAAAGGGGAUGUGGUGGACCCCUACAUCUAUGUGGAGAUUCAUGGCAUCCCGGCGGACUGCACGGAGCGCCGCACCAGAACCAUCCACCACAAUGGAGACAACCCAGUUUUUGAUGAGAGCUUUGAGUUUCAGAUCAACCUGCCAGAACUCGCGAUGGUUCGUUUUGUGGUGCUGGAUGACGAUUACAUAGGCGAUGAGUUCAUUGGUCAGUAUACAAUUCCUCUUGAGUGUCUUCAGUCUGGAUACCGACAUGUACCACUUCAGUCUUUGACUGGGGAGGAUCUUCCCCAUGCUCAACUUUUCGUCCACGUGGCCCUCACCAAUCGCAGGGGAGGAGGAAAGCCUCACAAAAGAGGCCUGUCAGUGCGGAAAGCCAGAAAAGGACGGGACUAUACAGCCUUAAGGGAACUUGGAGUACGUUCAGUGGAUGAGGUUUUUAGAAGCGCAGCACCUCUGCUGAGAGAGGCCACUGACUUGAGGGAAAACAUGCAGAACUCGGUGGAGGUGUUCAGGGAACUGUGUGGCGUGUCUGCGGCUGCAAACCUCAUGCAGUGCAUUCUGGCUUUGAGCUCCAGAGUCGCAGGACCUGACGGAUCGCCGCUGCUCCUCUUUGACCUCCGGAACCACUACCCCACCCUGGAGCCCCAAGGGCCGCUUCCUGACGUCCUGCGCCGUGUUGUCUCCACAUAUGAAAUGAUGGUCCAGGCCAGCCGGGCGGUGAUGGAGCUCACGGAUGGAAUCUACAGUCGAAUUUUACACACGCAGACAACAGCCAUGGAGUUCCAUGAAAACCUGCAGAGCCUGGCAGGGAGGGAGGGUCUGAAGGGUCGUAAGGUCAGCCAGGCGCUGGAGAGCUUCAGCUGGAACAUCACCAUCCUGAAGGGUCAGGCCGAUCGGCUCAAACACGCCAAGCUGGAGGUGCAGGAGAACAUGAAGCAGGUCCACGACGCGGCGCUGACAGGGAACCUCACCAAGGAGGCGUCAGGAAUCCGACGAGUGCGCUCGCAGUCCAAGCGGAGUCAAGUGGAGCCGCUGGGCACCAGUGUUUAAGGAGGACCUGGGCAACAGCACUGCGCCUUCAAGGCAAUAUCUGGACGCGUCACUGACACCUACUGACCCGCUGGACAUAUUUUACUUUUUUUUGUUAAAUUAUAUUUUUUAGUUAAGUGCUAAUUCAUGAGAGUAAUAACAAUUUUAAUAAAAUAAAGUGUUGUUUUCACUGUUUAUUAUCUGAUAUUUAACGUUUCUCCACACACAAAAUCUAUUUUUCCCUACAAUUACAAAGUAUGUUUGUUCAUGUAAAGACUUCAUUUAGUCUUGAUAAAUCAUCUUCCUCACAUCUGAAUACAUCCAGAAUAUCGCCUUGUCAGCGUGUCCUGCUGUUGUUGCCACCCGUCUUGCACCAAACGCGGCCGCAGGCGUCUUGUUUUGGUCAGCAGCCGCCCGAGACUUGACACCGUCCUGCUGCUGGACAUUCAACAUGCCGACGAGAGGAGACGAAAGACAAACAGCACCGGGAGGAGGAAUGUACAAGUGAAGGGGUUUGUGUCUGUAAAUACGCCUCGCCACGUCCAGUGUUUUUGAGCCGUGUCUUUUUCAGUUGUCUUCAAGCCGGAAAUCCACAGGUGAAAAUGGUGUGACAAAACAAACUGAAUCAGUCGUGUUGAUGGGGUCGGUGGAGUUCUGGUUCUGAGCCGCAGAAUGGGCUUUGGUAAAAGGUAAAUUGGUGACGUGAAUAGCAAGUACUAGGCUGCACACAUGAAACUCACUUCUGGUUUUGUUUCAGUCCUGUUGGGGAAAAAAAUGUUUGAAGCAGCAUUAUGUAUAUUAAAAAUUAUUUUGGAAAAACGUUUUAAAAUUAACUUGGACGUCUUCAUUUCAAUGAAUUGUUUUAUGUUAUGCUAAUGUACAACUUCUAGUGACCAUUUUGGGGCGCAAGUCUUUGCUAAAUUCCAAUAUAUAGAACGUCAACAG